CUUUUCAUUCAACCAACCGUCAGCUACCAAAUCAAUUAGAUGGAAGAGGAGGUGUCAAAGGAAAUACUUCUAAUCACAAUCACUUCUUUACUUUUAUUAUAACAGCUUAUAGCGUCUCCUUCCUUACUCUUCUCUGUACCCACUUCAGCAGAGCAAGAGGAGGAGCUAAAAAGCCUCAUCUUUCUCUGCUUCUGUUCUUCCCCAAGUGCUCACUCGGGUACUUCCCGAUUGUCGAGAUUUUUCAAUCAUCAGAUUUGAAAGCUUAAAUCAUGGCUGAAGAUCUGGAGAAACCAUUGUUGGAUCCGGUGAAUUUCAAUCGGGAUGGUAUCGAUUUGGAACGCUUGCCAUUGGGAGAAGUCUUCGAGCAACUGAGGACAUCACCACAAGGUCUUUCAACCGAAGAUGCUGAAGCCAGAUUGGUGAUUUUUGGCUUUAACAAGCUUGAAGAGAAGACUGAGAACAAAUUUUUGAAGUUCCUUGGUUUUAUGUGGAACCCCUUGUCAUGGGUUAUGGAAGCUGCAGCUAUAAUGGCUCUUGUCCUCGCUAAUGGCGGAGGUGAGGGUCCUGACUGGCAGGACUUUGUAGGGAUUGUUAUCCUGCUUAUCAUCAACUCAACGAUUAGUUUCAUAGAGGAGAAUAAUGCAGGAAAUGCUGCAUCAGCUCUAAUGGAUCGCUUAGCUCCGAAGACAAGGGUUCUCAGAGAUGGGCGCUGGACAGAGCAAGAUGCAGCUAUUUUAGUACCAGGUGAUAUAAUUAGCAUUAAGCUCGGGGACAUCAUUCCGGCUGAUGCUCGUCUGCUUGAAGGAGACGCGCUGAAAGUUGACCAGUCAGCUCUUACAGGAGAGUCACUACCUGUCACCAAGAAGACAGGUGAUGAAGUAUUUUCUGGUUCAACAUGUAAACAUGGAGAGAUUGAAGCUGUUGUGAUCGCAACUGGAGUUAACUCCUUUUUCGGAAAGGCAGCACAUUUGGUGGACUCCACUGAAGUUGUUGGACAUUUCCAGCAGGUCCUUACUGCCAUUGGGAAUUUCUGCAUUUGCUCUAUUGCUGUGGGAAUGAUUCUUGAAAUCAUUGUCAUGUUCCCAAUACAGCACCGCUCUUACAGGGAUGGGAUCAACAACCUUCUUGUUCUCUUAAUUGGAGGAAUUCCGAUUGCCAUGCCAACGGUGUUAUCUGUUACACUUGCCAUUGGUUCUCAUCGACUUUCUCAACAGGGUGCCAUUACAAAAAGGAUGACAGCAAUUGAAGAGAUGGCAGGAAUGGAUGUCCUCUGCAGUGACAAAACCGGAACUCUCACCCUGAAUCGCCUAACAGUUGAUAGAAACCUAGUCGAGGUUUUCAACAAAGAUCUAGACAAAGACGCGGUUAUCAUGUUUGCAGCCAGAGCAGCUAGAAUGGAGAACCAGGACGCUAUUGAUGCAGCCAUCGUCAAUAUGCUUGGUGAUCCAAAGGAGGCACGAGGAGGCAUUACAGAAGUGCAUUUUCUGCCCUUCAAUCCGGUGGACAAGCGUACUGCUAUUACAUACAUUGAUUCAGAAGGUAACUGGUAUCGGGCCAGCAAAGGAGCUCCGGAACAGAUUCUAGAUCUAUGCCCGGAGAAAGACGAGAUUGCUGGAAGGGUGCAUUCAAUUAUUGACAAAUUUGCUGAAAGGGGAUUGCGGUCUCUUGGAGUUGCCUUUCAGGAAGUUCCAGAAAAAACUAAGGAUAGCCCUGGAGGUCCAUGGACAUUUGCUGGGUUGUUGCCCUUGUUUGAUCCUCCUAGGCAUGACAGUGCUGAGACCAUUCGUAGAGCGCUUAACCUUGGAGUCUGUGUAAAGAUGAUUACAGGUGAUCAGUUGGCAAUUGCAAAGGAGACAGGGCGGCGACUUGGUAUGGGAACAAACAUGUACCCCUCCUCUUCGUUAUUAGGCCGCCACAUAGAAGAACAUGAAGCUCUUCCCGUGGAUGAGUUGAUUGAGAAGGCUGAUGGCUUUGCUGGUGUCUUCCCUGAACACAAGUAUGAAAUCGUAAAGAUUUUACAAGAAAAGAAGCAUGUGGUUGGGAUGACUGGAGAUGGAGUUAACGAUGCACCUGCUUUAAAGAAAGCAGACAUUGGUAUAGCAGUGGCAGAUUCCACAGAUGCUGCAAGAAGUGCUUCUGAUAUAGUCUUAACUGAGCCUGGAUUGAGUGUGAUUGUCAGUGCUGUCCUCACCAGUCGCGCUAUAUUCCAAAGAAUGAAGAAUUACACGAUAUAUGCUGUCUCCAUAACCAUUAGGAUUGUGCUUGGUUUUGUGCUUCUUGCAUUGAUCUGGGAAUAUGACUUCCCACCUUUCAUGGUUCUGAUUAUAGCCAUACUGAAUGACGGAACCAUCAUGACAAUUUCACAGGAUCGCGUAAAGCCCUCCCCGAAGCCUGAUAGUUGGAAGCUGAAGGAGAUAUUUGCUACUGGCAUUGUCAUUGGCACAUACCUUGCUUUAGUUACUGUAUUGUUCUACUGGGUUGUUGUUGACACUGACUUCUUCGAGAGAACCUUCAAUGUAAGAGAUUUAUCGAGCAGUAGUGAGGAAGUUUCAUCUGCUGUAUAUCUGCAAGUCAGUAUCAUCAGCCAGGCUCUCAUAUUUGUGACAAGAAGCCAGGGGUGGUCAUUCCUUGAGAGGCCCGGAACUAUGUUGAUGUGCGCUUUCGUGGUGGCUCAACUGGUGGCAACUUUGAUUGCUGUAUAUGCAACAAUCAGCUUUGCAUAUAUCAGCGGCAUUGGAUGGGGAUGGGCCGGAAUCAUCUGGUUGUACAGUGUGAUUUUCUACAUUCCUUUGGACGUCAUUAAAUUUGCAAUUCGCUAUGCUUUGACCGGGGACGCUUGGAAUCUGUUAUUCGAUAGAAAGACAGCUUUUACUAGUAAGAAAGACUAUGGCAAGGAAGAUAGGGCAGCUAAGUGGAUACUUUCUCAGAAAAGCUUACAAGGGUUACAAGACUUUGAGAUCAACAGGACCGGCAAGCGUUCUUCUUUGAUUGCAGAACAGGCGAGGCGACGCGCUGAAAUUGCCAGGCUCGGGGAGAUACACACUCUGAGAGGACAUGUAGAAUCUGUACUGAGGCUCAAGAAUUUGGACCUGAGUGCCAUUCAAUCAGCCCACACAGUCUGAAGAAAAUACACGGAUAUCUGCAAAAUGUAUCAACGUACCCUGAAGGCACAAAUUUAUCAGCAUUUGCUCACAUGAUUGAUGCUGAGUAUCUGCAAAAGAAAUUGACAUGUGGGUUUUUGGGGAUGGUCAAUUCUUUGGGCCUAAAAGGUCAGAAAAUCCAUUUGCUUAAUUUGUAUCUGAUUUAUUAUUACAUAUGAUUUCCUCUUUUAAAAGAGUAAAUACACAUUGAAUUUUUGUAGUUAUUCAAAAGAAGACUUGCUAUUUUUUUUUGUACUGUGUCAAGGAUUGAACAAGAUGAAUUGGAGCAUCAAUUUCAUUGUUGGAGUGAUA